UUAAAACUCUUUAAGCUAAGUUCCAAUGUCCAACACUAGCUUUGUUCAAAUUCACAUCAAAGGAUCAAAUUACAUAGCACAUAAAAUCCACAACCAUGUCGUCUAUCUCCCGUCUUAUCAGCACAUUCACCAGCACAACUCUCCGGCUGCCGCUAUCUACGAAGAGCGCGACCUCAAGCGUCUCUUAGAGAGGUUCAAUAAAUUCUCAGAAAAUGAUUGUUUCAGAACAAAAAUCAGCACCAUUGGCCGCCUCGCCAUUGCCAAUCGCUUGGAUUUGAUAGAGGAAAUCCUGGAAGAUCAAAAGAAGUACAAAGACAUUCAUACAGAAGGUUAUAAUGCCCGUCUGAUUAGUCUUUAUUAAAAAUCAAACAUGUUUGAUAAUGCACGCAAGAUGUUUGAUGAAAUGCCUGAGAGAAAUUGUAGAAGGAGGAAUGUAUCAUUUAAUGCACUUCUUGCAGCUGGUGACGGAUCAAAAAUUAUUUAUAAGCAAGUUGUGGAUGCAUUAGCUAUGGAGUUGCAGACUGAGGAGGCAAAGGAAAUUGUGCAGCUUUGGAUGAACAUGUUAUAAGCUGAAGCUGCAUCUACAGUAGCGUAUUAGCUUCUUGGAUGAUUGUAGAAGAAAAUACGAAGACAAAUUAAAAGCAUUCAAGUAUAUUCUAAUCAGCAAAAGUACUAAAGAAGAUGCGUUCCAAGGUCUACUAAUGGUUGAUGCUAUACAACGCCUUGACGUUGAGCAUCAUUUUGAGGAAGAGAUCGAUGCAAUUAUUCUAAACAACUAUAAUUUGAUACCUAGCACACAUCAUGAUCGCGAUCUUUAUGAGGUUGCUCUUCGAUUUCGACUUCUGAGACAAGAGGGUUACUUCAUGCCUGCAGGCGUUUUCGACAAGUUUAAGGAUGAAAAGGGGAAAUUUAAACAUGAACUAAGAGACGACAUCAGGGGGCUAAUGAGUUUGCAUGAAGCUUCACAGUUAAGUAGGGAAGGAGAAGAUAUACUUGAUGAAGCAAGAGGCUAUAGUUAUGAGAUCCUGAAUUCAUUGGCGACGUGUCUCGACUCUCCUAAAGCUAAAGCAGUAGAGAAUGCAUUGAAGCACUCACAUUUGAGAAGCCUGCAAAAGUUCAUGGGACAAAAAUUCAUUAUGAAUAUUGUAUGGCAAAAUGGGUGGGUGAAUGAGUUACAAGAAAUAGCAACGCUUGAUUUUAAGAUAAUUCAACAUCAGCACCAACAAGAAUUCGUUCAUGUUUUAGAGUGGUGGGAAGAGCUUGGUUUGUCCCGUGUUUUAACGUUUGCAAGAGACCAACCAGCUAAAUGGUACGUAUGGUGCGUCGCAGCCUUAACAGAUCCAAGCUUGUCACAGCAAAGAAUUGACCUCUUCAAGCCCAUCGCCUUCGUUUACUUAAUAGAUGACAUUUUUGAUGAGUAUGGAACGCUUCCAGACCUCAUUCUCUUUACAGAAAUUGUCAGCAGGUGGGACAUUGCAGCCGCUGGACAACUACCAGAUUGCAUGAGGAUUUGCUUCGAGGCUCUUGACAACGUAACUAAUGAGAUUAGCUACAAGGUUUAUAAACAGCAUGGAUGGAACCCUUUAGAAUCUCUACGAAAAUCGUGGGCAAGUUUGUUCAAUGCCUAUCUAAUGGAAGCAAGAUGGUUUGCUUCUGGAGACUUGCCAAGUGCUGACGAGUACUUGAAGAAUGGGAUCGUAAGCUCAGGUUUACCAAUGGUUCUAGUUCACUUUUUCUUUCUGUUGGGUCAAGGUACUACAGAGAAAAAUGUCGAGUUCCUCAACGGGAAUCCUAGCAUGAUAACAUCGACAGCCAAAAUUCUUCGGCUCUGGAAUGACUUGGGAAGUGCCAAGGAUGAGAAUCCGGAUGGCUAUUCAUAUGUAGAAUGCUACAUGAAGGAACAUCAGAUAUCUUCGGCCGAAAAUGCAAGAAAUCAUGUUCUAGAUAUGAUAGCAGAAACAUGGAAAAAACUCAACGAUGAGUGCCUAGUUCAAAAUCCAUUCUCGCCAACUUUUACCAAAGUCUGUCUAAAUUUUGCAGGAAUAAUGCCUUUGAUGUAUAGUUAUGAUGAAAUUCCUCACCUUUCCAUUCUUGAGGAGUAUGUCAAUAAAAAUGUAAGGGAAUGAACAAGAAUUCCGCACCUGCUACUAUUUCAUGGAUUCCGACAGUGGUAGCUGUUUUAUGUUCUGUGCGCACAAAACUGCAAAACUACCCAUCAGGAACAACAUCACACUGCAGAAUGUACGAACGAGAAAAGAUAACAAAGGGUUAUAUAUGAUUCAGGGAUUAUAUAUGAUUAAGGGAUUUGUGACCAUUAUGGACAGUUUAUUGCAGCUAAGCAUGCGGGUGUUGUAGGAAGAAUGAAGCCGAGUAUUGCAGUGGCAAUUGGCUUUCAUGAAGCCUUGAGCUGGAUUAAAUCCAGAAUAUACUCCCCUAUUCGGUUAGAAUCUGAUCAUCAAGAACUGAUCUUAGUCCUAAAAAAUCCCAAUAGGGAUUUAUCUUAUUUUUCUGACAUUGUUUCAGAUUGUAUUUGUUUAUUAAGCUCUAUGGAUUUUAUAUCCAUUGCUUUUGUUAAACGCUCAACGAACUUGGCAAAAGCAAUCGAUUAUAUGCCGUCCUCCCUUUCUUU